AUGGAACGAGCUCGCCAGACCCCGCACAAGCCCUUCCUCCUGUUCCGAGACGAGACGCUCACCUACGCCCAGGUGGACCGGCGCAGCAACCAAGUGGCACGGGUGCUGCACGACCAACUAGGCCUGCGACAGGGGGACUGCGUGGCCCUCUUCAUGAGCAAUGAGCCGGCCUACGUGUGGAUCUGGCUGGGGCUGCUCAAACUUGGCUGUCCCAUGGCGUGCCUCAACUACAACAUCCGUUCCAAGUCUCUGCUGCACUGCUUCCAGUGCUGCGGGGCGAAGGUGCUGCUGGCCUCCCCAGAGCUACAAGAAGCUGUUGAGGAGGUCCUGCCAACCCUGAAAAAGGAUGGCGUGUCUGUCUUUUACACAAGCAGAACUUCUAACACAAAUGGCGUGGACACACUACUGGACAAGGUGGAUGGAGUGUCAGCAGAACCUACUCCGGAGUCAUGGAGGUCUGAAGUCACUUUUAGCACACCUGCAGUGUACAUUUAUACUUCGGGUACCACAGGUCUCCCAAAAGCUGCAACCAUCAAUCACCAGCGCCUGUGGUAUGGAACUGGCCUUUCCCUGGCGAGUGGGAUUAAGGCCCAUGAUGUAAUCUAUACCACUAUGCCUCUGUACCACAGUGCAGCACUUAUGAUUGGCCUCCACGGAUGCAUCGUGGCUGGGGCUACUCUUGCUCUUCGGAGCAAGUUUUCAGCCAGCCAGUUUUGGGACGACUGCAGGAAAUACAAUGCCACUGCCAUCCAGUACAUCGGUGAGCUGCUUCGGUACCUGUGCAACACGCCCCAGAAACCAAAUGACCGUGACCACAAAGUGAAAAUAGCCCUGGGAAAUGGCUUACGGGGAGAUGUGUGGAGAGAGUUCAUCAAGCGAUUUGGGGACAUCCACAUUUAUGAGUUCUACGCUUCCACUGAAGGCAAUAUUGGAUUCCUGAAUUAUCCAAGAAAAAUUGGUGCUGUUGGAAGAGCCAACUACCUACAAAGAAAAGUUGUAACAUAUGAGCUGAUUAAAUAUGAUGUGGAGAAAGACGAACCCGUCCGUGACGCAAAUGGAUAUUGCAUCAAAGUCCCUAAAGGUGAGGUCGGGCUCUUGAUUUGCAAAAUCACACAGCUUACACCGUUCAAUGGCUAUGCUGGAGGGAAAUCUCAGACAGAGAAGAAAAAACUCCGGGAUGUCUUUAAGAAAGGAGACCUCUAUUUCAACAGUGGAGACCUCCUAAUGAUCGACCGGGAAAAUUUCGUCUAUUUUCAUGACAGAGUUGGAGAUACAUUCCGGUGGAAAGGAGAGAACGUAGCUACCACUGAAGUCGCUGACAUAGUAGGACUGGUUGAUUUUGUUGAGGAAGUGAACGUCUAUGGAGUGCCCGUGCCAGGUCAUGAGGGUCGAAUUGGGAUGGCCUCAAUCAAGAUGAAAGAAAACUCUGAGUUCAACGGAAAGAAGCUCUUUCAGCACAUCUCGGAGUACCUGCCGAACUACGCGAGGCCUCGGUUCCUGCGAAUACAGGAUACCAUUGAGAUCACUGGAACUUUUAAACACCGCAAAGUGACCCUGAUGGAAGAGGGCUUUAAUCCCACAGUCAUCAAAGAUGCCUUGUAUUUCAUGGACGAAACAGCAAAAACAUAUGUACCCAUGACUGAGGACAUUUAUAACGCCAUAAGCAAUAAAUCUCUAAAGCUCUGA